UCUCCACAAUCAUUUCACAGCAAGAGAGGAUCGCGGCAACACGUCCACGAGGGGGGAGGAAAAUGAGACACGUUUGAAUUAAAAAAAAAGCUGAUGCCAAAAGUGGAACUAGUUUUACUUCGAAAUCGAGGAUAACGCUUCGUUAUCAUGAGAGUGUGAGCUGGUUCACAGCUGAUUUAUUUGAUUGUUUCCACUGAGGAAAAAGGUCAGCUGAUUAAUAGAGAUAAUAACAAAGUUCACAAAUCAGUAUGUCGUCCACUGAGGAGCCGUCCGGCACCGUCCUGCAUCGACUCAUCCAGGAGCAGCUCCGCUACGGAAACCCCACAGACACCCGCACCUUAUUAGCCAUCCAGCAGCAGGCCCUGCGGGGAGGCAGCGGAAGCAACAGUGGCCCCAGCAGCGGGGGCGACAUGAGCAGUAGCCCACAAUCAUCUUUAGAGAGUCUCACCCAGGAAGACCCUCUGUACCCUCAGCUCUCCACGAGGCAGGAGCCCCAGGGCCAGGAGCACCAGGGAGAUUACCAUCAUUCAGAAAGUGGCUACCAGCUGCAUGGGGAGAAGCUGCCAACCUAUGAGCAGGCUAAGGCGCAGUCUCAGUACCUGGCCUCUCACUGGGGCCCUACAGGCUCCAUCAGGCAGCUCCAUGGGGGGGUUUUCCACGAAGAGGCUGAUCUGAUGGAGCUAAAGUGCAACCAUGUGCGGUCUCUCAGCGAGCAUCGCAUGCAGAUAUCGCUGGAGAGGAAUGAUGCAGCAGCUAAAGCAGAGGCCAUAAAGAUCACCUCUCACAGCUACCCCGAGCUUCCUUACUAUACUCAAUGCUACCAGGGCCCAGGGCCAAACAUGGACAAAUGCAACCCACCCCCAGAGUACUCAGCCCCCCUCCAGGGCCAAGGAUUUAUCCCUCACCAGGUCCAAGAGCCAGUGCAGCCUCAGCAGCACAGGUAUGUCCAGUCUGGUCAGCCAGCAGAAGCCCCUUGCUACAACACAUUCAACAGCCUGCCACCUGCUGGUUUGGAGGAGCCCAACCAGGUGGAGCUGCUGCUGAUGGAGAAUGAGAGACUGAGACAAGAGCUGGAGGCUCACAGGGAGAAAACCGGCCGUAUUCAGAAGUUGGAGCAGGAGAUCCAGCGUAUUUCAGAGGCCUAUGAGACACUGAUCCAGGGCAGCAGUAAGAGAGAAAACUUGGAGCAGACACUGAGGAGGAGGUUGGUGGCUGAAAUCAGGAGGCUGCAGGAUUUCAACAGAGACCUUAGAGAAAACCUGGAAAAUGCCAGGACGCAUGUUGCAAAAGAAGUAGAGGCGGCCGACCAUAACCAGCACAUCAUGGCGAAGCUCCUUGAACAAAAUGAGGAGCAGAAUACUGAGCGGGAGCGUAUGGAAAGGGAGCUGCAGCGGCUGCGAGCCGCAGCUGAGGAGCAGAACCUCAGGGCUAAGCGACUUGAGGAGGCCCUGGAGGCGGCUCGAGGACGAGGUCGCCAGCUUGAGGAGGAGCUGAGGAGGAAGAGGGCUUAUGUAGAGAAGGUGGAGAGGCUUCAGAGUGCACUGGCUCAGCUGCAGUCCACCUGUGAGAAGAGGGAGAGCCUGGAGAUGAAGCUGAGGACACGACUAGAGCAGGAGCUGAGGAGUCUGAGGGCACAACAGAGGCAGUCACAGCCCCCUGGAAUGACCAUGAACUCACUCCAAGAGCGCCUGCGGGAGCGUGAAGAGCGCAUCCUGGCCCUCGAAGCCGACGUGGUGCGCUGGGAGCAGAAGUACCUGGAGGAGAGCACCAUGAGGCAGUUUGCCAUGGAGGUGGCUGCCACUGCUGCUGCCCAGAGAGACACCACCAUCAUUAACCACUCACCCUGCCACUCCUCCAACAACAGCUUCAACGAGGACCUGCCAGUCGCCGACCACAGGAAUCAGGAGAUGGAGAACAGGAUUCGUGCCCUCUAUGCUCAGAUCUUGGAAAAAGAUGCCGUGAUCAAGAUCCUCAAUCAGCGACUGCACCAGGACCAAGGUCGAAGGGAUGAGCAAAAUCCAUCUGCUAACCUCCUGAAUACAGUGGGGGCAACCCUCCGACCAGCCUCCUCCACUCCCUCCAUCAGCCCGACCAAGAGCAACACUAAGACUAGAGGUAAGAGUCUUUCAGAUGAUCAGACUUUGCCCAUCCGUCAGUUCUCUGCUCAGUCUGAGCCUGGGACACUAGAACGGCAGGUGGAGGGAACCAAAACCAAAGAGGCAGCCAGCACAUCUAAGCUCAACAGCGACAAGGCAGCACCUAAGAAGUUGCUAUUGAACCCCUUCAAAGGCUUGGAUGAGCUGGAUGCGGAGGCAGUGGAAAUCUUCAUUUAAAGAACUGAGAGGGGUAUCCUGAAAGGGAGGGGGAGGGGGGCAAAAAAAGCUAAUUCUAAAUAUCUGUGAAGAGUGCAAGACUGGAACUAAAUACUGGAGACAAGAAUGUUACGGAAAGAGGAAGGAGGGGGAAAAAAAAAGGACUGUUCACAUUUUAGAGACAGAGCUGUGCUCCGACUUACUUUCUCUCACUCGGCUGGACAGCUGCAGGCAGUCUGCCUGGCGGAGUGAGAAAAGAUGAAUCUUCUGAGGUACUUGGACAGUAUUUUGGAUUGUAAUAGGGCAACAUGUUCUCAGAAGGUGUAUGCCAAAAUAUUUAUAAAUAAAUAUAUAUAUAAGUAUAUAUGAAUGCUGCUUUCCCCCUUGUAUAGUACCUAUAAUUUCUUUUCCCAAUCCAAUGAAUUAAGAAGCUACGUAUUAAUCUUAUCUGGUUUCCACAUUCCCCAAAUAUUAACUUAAGCCUCAAGCUCUUCUAGAUAAACAUUCAGUAAGAGGUUAUCUUUGUGACCUGCAUGCUUUUUCUCUCCAAAAACAAAAAAAACCCCAUGGAUUUAAUCAGAGCAAUCUGCCUUCCCAUCAGAUAGAUAUUAUCUCUUUGGAAGACUCCCCUUCGUUGAUUAAUUUAAGAUGAUAACACUGCUGAUUUUAGCGCUCCUGCUCUUCAUAUGUCUUAAGCCCCAAGUAGCUGGAUCUACAGAGGUUUAGAGGUGCGUCAAGAGGGAGCUGUAUAAUAUAUAAAUGCAUAUACUGACACAGACCUGGUGCUGCAAGCUUGUAAUUUUGGGAGGGUGUAGCAUCGUGGUGUUUCAUUGUCUUUGUUUCUCAUGCCCUUUUUCUCAUAGUAUGUUUGCAUGUGUGAUUACAGUUUGAGAGUGUGUGUCCCGAUGUGGUGAUCCAGCUGGGUUGGCCACCAUUUAGGGGCAAAAGCUGAAAAUGCCGUGGUGGUGUUUUUUUGGUUGUUGUUUUUUUUUUUUUUUGUUUACUGUGAGCUUUGAACUAACAGGUUAAUUAUUAUUAUUAUUAUUAUUAUUAUUGUUAUUAUAUAUUUUAUACAGAUGUUUGUUAUUUUAGAUACAAUAGCGCUUUGAGCAGGAUGCCAAAGAGUUUAUGUAUGUAUGUUUGUUGUAAGUUAUGUGCCGACAAUCACGGUCUUGUCAAGCUGUACACAACUAACCAAGUGUUGACUUCAAACAGACAUUUCUGUGAACUCGAAAAAAUAUGAAGGUUUUUACAGUUGAAUUCAUGCAACAUUUCAUAAAGCAA